AUGGCCUCCUCAAUCAUCGCCCGCCAGCAACUGCUGCCUCGGGUAGCCAGCGCCGCCCUGACGACGUCCCGAGUAGCUGCCAUCCAGCAAGUCAGAGGUUAUGCAACUCCCAAGGGUCCCCCACCCACCAACUUCCGGCAGAGUCGCCAGGUCGAAUGGCAUUGGGAUAGCGACACAACCCUCGACCGCAUGGGCAAAUUCUUCCUCAUGACCGAAAUGGCCAGAGGAAUGUACGUGCUGCUCGAGCAGUUCUUCCGACCUCCAUACACCAUCUACUACCCCUUCGAGAAGGGCCCCAUCUCUCCUCGCUUCCGUGGCGAGCACGCCCUCCGACGAUACCCCUCCGGUGAAGAGCGCUGCAUCGCCUGCAAGCUCUGCGAAGCUAUUUGCCCCGCCCAAGCCAUCACCAUCGAGGCCGAAGAGCGUGCCGACGGUUCCCGCCGCACAACCCGUUACGAUAUCGAUAUGACCAAGUGCAUCUACUGCGGUUUCUGCCAGGAGUCAUGCCCCGUCGACGCCAUUGUCGAGUCUCCCAACGCCGAAUACGCUACCGAGACCCGCGAAGAGCUUCUGUACAACAAGGAGAAGCUUCUUUCCAACGGUGACAAGUGGGAGCCUGAGCUCGCUGCUGCCAUCCGUGCCGAUUCGCCCUACCGGUAA